AUGGCCGUAUGUUGUUCGGCGGCACGUGACUGCACCACCUCCACAACCUUGCGGACCCUGCGCUCCAGAAACCUUUUCCCUCCUUUUCGGUUCUGGCUUCGACACCAUCAAGUCAUACUCGAGCCCGACCUUCAGACUCUCGAAUCCUCCCGAGCAAAUUUGGAAGCCAUCGCUGGUGGCGCAGACGCAAGCAUGGUACUGUACUACACUUCCACCGCGGUGGAUCCGCCAGCGACGAUCUACAUGGGCAAGGACAAGUUCGAAAACGAAGAGCUACUCAAGUACGGCCUCGAAAGGGAUGUCUGGUUUCACGUAGACAAACUUUCCUCCGCUCACGUAUACCUUCGACUCCCCGACCACAUCGAGAGCUGGGAAGCGAUACCGGAAGCACUCGUCAGCGAAUGCUCUCAGCUCGUCAAGACGAAUUCGAUCGAAGGAAACAAAAAGUCGAAUCUGACCAUCAUUUACACGCCAUGGGCCAACGUCAAGAAGAGUGGAGACAUGGCGGUGGGUGCGGUGACCUUUCACAACGACCGCAAGGUGAAGAGGUACCAUGUGAAGGAGAAGGACAAUGCGGUGGUGAAUAGGUUGAACAAGACCAGAAGAGAGGUUCAGGUGGAUCACGAGGCCGAACGUCAGGAUCGUCUGCGACAGGAGGGAAGAGUCAAGAAGGCGAAAGCGAUAGAGGAUAGACAGGCGCAACAAGCCGAACAAAAGAAGAGAAAGGAAGAGGCCGAAGCACGAGACUACUCCAGACUGUACACCGCCGAAGCCAUGGAGGAGGAACGUCGACGCAAAGACCAACGCAAGCUAAACAAAGACAAUGGCUCCAUAUUCGCAGACCAAGACCAAGAGCACGACGAUGGCCUGGACAGCGACGACUCUUUCAUGUGA